AUGAACGUCAUCUACGCGUUCUUGUGUGUGCCGUGUAUCCUGGUGUGCGCUGCGACAGUGUUUGGCAUCCACGAGUACAAGACGGAGCGCGUGCCGUUUUUAAAGUACAUGGACGGUCUGUGGUCGUUGGUUCAGAAGCAAGCGAUGUGGCAGAUCAUGGCGUUCCGAUUUCUCAGCAACGUGUUCCAAGGAUUCAGCUCCACCGCCAUCCCGUCCAUGUCGUCCGCCUGGGUCAAGCUAUGGCCCAUCGUGGACUCGAUGACCACCGCCAUGGGCUCGCUCAUCUUUGCCGCCAUCAUGUCUCUGGUUGGCAAGUACGGGCUCCAUUGGAACUGGCGGUGGACCAUCGCUGUGUCCACGCUUUGUCUCAUAUUUCUCGAUUCCCUCGUGUACAUGCUCACAAUCUGGGACGUGUGCCGCAACCAGUGGUUCUUUCACGGGCGUCGUCUUGGGGUGCUGUUCAAAUGGUGCAACCCCUUUAUGUUUUAUGGUAAGAAGUGA